AUGACACAUCACAGCGCAUACCUCUGCGACGAUCGCUUUCCUAAAGAUGCGGUACUAACUCUCCCACAUACCAUUCCAUAUGGUGGCCAUGUGCUGUAUGCUUGUACCCCUAUCUCGGAUAAUCAAGGAUCUGGAGAGGUGGUCUCAGUGUACUUGUUAGAUCACCUUCUAACUGGUGUUUGGGUGUCGCGGCUGUAUUAUCACGACUGCAAAGCAUGGUCGUCAAUUCUCCCAAUUCACGCAUUAGAAGACUACCACGACUUUGGAAGGCUAGUGAAACCAAUUCCGGGUUCCUUUAUUCGCGACAGUCAUCCAACCCCGACCAAUGGUAUGGCAGUCGUUCAGGGUUUUGAGGAUAUAAAGGGCAGAAAAAUGCAACUUUUGCUAAGAUCCUUCAAUUCUGGUGAAGUCUACUAUCAAACGAUGCGGUAUGGUUGUAUAGACGAUGUUGAAUUAAAGAAGUUUUGGAUAGAAAGUCAGAGAAGACUUAUAGCUUCACAAGGUUAUGCCGAAAAUAAUGACGUGUUCAAGCCAACAGUUCCUGAAAGCAAAGAAAGUAUUUCCGUUUCCAUCACCGUCAGUGAUGAAGAUUUUAAAGAAAUUUCUGCAGCAUCUAAGAAAAGAAGAUGGAACCCUCUCCAGAAAAGGGUGUACAAGAAUUGCACACCACUUGAGCCGCUGCAGCCUUUGAGCUCUAAAGCAGUACUUCCGCAGGUGAUAAAUGAUGUGUGGCAUGAGGCGAUGAGCAUGGGUUGA